CAUUUCGAUUUCAGACUCGGACUCAGUUCGAUUUCAUUCGAUCUGCACUGCGGUUGUGUUUACAAAGAUAUAUCCCCGGCACCAUGAAGGUCUGGAUCUGGUUUACGUUUGUCGCGUGUCUCUUUGCGGCAAGUACAGAAGCCGCCUCCAAUUUAGUCUGCUACUAUGACUCUUCGAGUUACACGAGGGAAGGUCUGGGCAAGCUGCUCAAUCCCGAUCUGGAGAUCGGUCUGCAGUUCUGUAGCCACUUGAUUUACGGCUAUGCCGGAAUCCGUAGCAACAACUACCAGGCGUACAGUCUCAACGAAAACCUGGACAUCUACAAGCAUCAGUUCGCCGAAGUGACCGCCUUUAAGGCCAAGUAUCCCCAUUUGAAGGUUCUGCUGAGCAUUGGAGGUGAUCACGACAUCGAUGUGGAGCAUCCCAAUAAAUAUAUCGAACUGCUGGAGGGCGAAAAAGUGCAACAAGUUGGAUUCAUCCGAUCGGCCUAUGACUUGGUGAAGGUCUACGGAUUCGAUGGCCUGGAUCUGGCCUAUCAGUUCCCCAAAAAUAAGCCCAGAAAGGUGCACGGCGACUUGGGAUUGGCUUGGAAGAGCAUCAAGAAGCUGUUCACUGGUGAUUUCAUCGUGGAUCCACAGGCUGCUCUCCACAAGGAGCAGUUCACAGCUUUUGUAAGGGACAUCAAGGACUCCCUGCGAGCUGAUGGUUACCUGCUCAGUCUGACUGUUCUGCCCAACGUGAACUCAACUUGGUACUUUGAUGUCCCCUCUUUGAACGGUUUGGUGGACUUUGUGAACCUGGCUGCCUUCGACUUCCUGACCCCCGCUCGUAAUCCCAAGGAGGCGGACUACAGUGCUCCCAUCUACCAUCCCGAUGGAUCGAAGGACCGCCUGGUCCACCUCAACGCUGAUUUCCAGGUGGACUACUGGUUGAAACAGGGCUUCCCUUCGAACAAACUAAACUUGGGAGUGGCAACCUAUGGAAACGCCUGGAAAUUGAGCAAGGACUCCGGACUCGAAGGAGUUCCUGUGGUGCCCGAAACUGAGGGACCAGCUCCCGAGGGUGUCCAAUCCCAGAAACCCGGACUUCUAAGCUAUGCCGAGAUUUGCGGAAAACUGAGCAAUCCUCAAAACCAGUUCCUCAAGGGCAACGAUGCGCCACUGCGAAGGAUUUCCGAUCCCACAAAGAGAUUCGGUGGUAUUGCGUAUCGACCUGUAGAUGGUGCAACCACCGAAGGUAUUUGGGUGAGCUACGAUGAUCCCGAUUCCGCAUCCAACAAGGCGGCAUACGCCCGUGCUAAGAACUUAGGGGGCGUGGCCUUGUUCGAUUUGAGCUACGAUGAUUUCCGGGGACAGUGCACAGGUGACAAGUAUCCCAUUCUGCGAGCCGUCAAAUAUCGUCUAUAAAUGUAAAUAAUGGUCUGUUUGGUAAAAACUUUCAAAUAAAUUAUAAUGUAUAAUGCUAACUUGCA